AUGGAGUAUUCUAAGGAUAAAUAUGUCAAGCCAGAAAGAGAAUAUUUUGUAGAAAAAAUGGAGGAUAACAGUAGUGCAAAAAAGAAAAAGAAUUUACUCAUAGUAUUGUCAAUUUCGGUAGUAUGCAUAUUUGCAUAUUCACUGAUUUAUUUCAUAAGAACAGGAAAAAAUAAGGAUAUAUUUGAUAGAUUAGAUAAGGAAAAUGAUAAUGACGAUUUUGUUAUUAAAUCAAUUUUGAAGAGUAAAAGUGGAAAGAAAUUUAUUGUAUCAAAAAUUGAAGAGCUCAUAUCAUCACAUGAUAAGAUUAGUGGUAAUGAUUUAGAAAGGGAAAACCAGUCGAAUUAUAAUAAUAAUGCCGUAGUUAAAGGAAACCACAAUAGGAGUUGUACUAGUUGUAGUGGUAGCAGCAAUAGUAGUUAUCAGAAAAGGUUUGGAAAUUUAAAAGUAGUAAAAAAGAACGAUCAGGUGAAUUUCUAUGAUACAAAAUUUUUAAUGACUAAUUUAGAAUCAGUUAAUUCUUUUUAUAUGUUUAUGAAAAAACAUGGAAAGGACUAUAAAUCCAUUGAAGUUAUGCAAGAAAAGUUCCUUAUCUUUUCCGAAAAUUUAAGAAAAGUAGAAGCACAUAACAAAUCCAAUAAUAUUUUAUAUAGAAAAGGAGUCAACCAAUUUAGUGACUUAACUUUUGAAGAAUUUAAAAAACAGUAUUUGACUUUAAAAAAAUUUAAUCCAAAUAAUGGAACAUAUAAAUCAUCCAAUAUAAUUAGUUAUGAUGAAGCAAUAAAUAAAUAUAAACCAAAAGAUGCUGUGUUUGAUCAUGUAAGUUAUGACUGGAGGUUACAUAAAGGUGUUACCCCUGUUAAGGAUCAAGGAAAUUGUGGUUCAUGUUGGGCCUUUAGUGCUGUAGGUGUUAUAGAAUCUCAAUAUUCAAUUAGAAAAAAUAUUUUUUCAUCAAUAAGUGAACAAGAAUUAGUUGACUGCUCUAAUAAAAAUGCUGGAUGUGAUGGUGGUUUUAUUCCUUUAGCUUUUGAUGAUGUAAUAGAGUUAGGAGGUUUGUGUUCAGAGAGUGAUUAUCCUUAUGUAGGUAAAGUGCCAGAAUUAUGUCAACUCGAUAAAUGUAAAAAUAGAUAUACCAUUAGUAGUUAUUUAGAAGUACCCGAAUUUAAAUUUAAAGAGGCAGUUCAAUUCUUAGGACCCAUUAGUGUUAGUAUUGCUGUUAGUGAUGAUUUUGCUUUCUAUCAAGGAGGUAUAUUUGAUGGGGAAUGUGGUGAUGAACCUAACCAUGCUGUCAUUCUUGUUGGUUAUGGUGUAGAAGAAAUAUAUGAUACUAUGUUAAAGAAAAAUAAAAAACAUUAUUAUUAUAUUAUAAAAAAUUCAUGGGGAGAAACAUGGGGUGAGAGAGGUUUUAUAAAAUUAGAGACAGACGAAAAUGGAUAUAGAAAACCUUGUUUAUUAGGAACUGAAGCGAUAAUUGCUAUGAUUGAUUAG